AUGGUGGUCCCCCUUUACCUAAGCGAAUUGGCGCCCCCAAACCUUCGUGGGAGUCUCGUGGCGCUCCAGCAACUCGGAAUCACAGUGGGAAUCAUGGUCGCCUUCUGGCUGGAUUAUGGAACGCAACAUAUCGGUGGCACAGGUGACACGCAAUCUCCCGCAGCAUGGCGGCUGCCGCUUGCUCUGCAGUGCGUCCCAUCCCUUGUCCUGGCCGCAGGGACGUUUUAUUUGCCAUACACACCGCGCUGGCUACUAAUGAAAGACCGAGAGGAGGAUGCUCUGGCGACGUUGGUUCGUGUCCGUCGCACUCCCCCUCACGACCCUCGCGUCCGAAUCGAAAUUCUCGAAAUCAUGGCCGCUGUGCAGUUCGACCACGAGACAAAUGCGACAGUCUAUGGUGAGAUGCCAUCCCACUUCAGGCUCACAAUCGAGAAAUACAAAUCUCUUUUCGUGACACGACAUCUUAACCGACGCUUGCUCAUUGCUUGCCUCAUCCAAGUCAUCCAACAAUUCACAGGGAUAAACGCAAUCAUCUACUAUGCGCCAAAGAUAUUCCAGAAUAUUGGUCUUUCUGGUAACUCUGUCGACCUGUUGGCUACCGGGGUGGUAGGGGUGCUCAACUUUUUCUCCACCAUUCCCGCAAUCAUGUUCAUGGAUCGCUGGGGGCGUAAAAAGGUCCUGAUUGUCGGUGGAAUCGGCAUGGGCGUCUCACAACUGAUAGUCGGCACACUUUACGCCGUUUACAAAGACUCCUGGGCAAGUAACAAGGCCGCCGGGUGGGCCACGGCUGUUUUUGUAUGGACGUACAUCGCAAACUUUGCAUUUAGUAUCGGAUGCGUCAACUGGAUUAUACCGUCCGAGAUCUUUCCUCCUGGGGUCAGGUCGCAGGCUGUCGGGUUGGCAAUUGGGACCAACUGGCUGAGCAAUUUCAUCGUUGCGCUUAUCACGCCAAGGAUGCUUGAGGCUAUCAAAUUUGGAACCUUUUAUUUUUUCCUAGGUUUGAGGAUCGAGGAGAUGGACAAGCUUUUUGGCGGGAAUCAGGGUCAAGAGGACAUGAACCGAAUGGACGCGAUCAGGCGCGGAUUAGGGAUCGGAACUGGAGGCUAUGAUGUUUCAAGGAAAAUGGGAAAUAUUGGGGCAGAUAACUCAAGAAGUAAACGCAAUGAGCUUAUCCAACAAAUGCAAGAGAUGAUGGCUAAUCUACAAGAAAACAUCGGGUCAUUGCGCGAAGAUGGAACGCAAGCGCCUGUCGAGACAUUUUCCAGUCGAUCUCCGUCUACUGAGCUUGCGUGGAUCGGGGUCGAGGAUGUCAAAUUGCCUAUCCAAUCUUUACUGCCGACUGUGGGAGUCAAAACUGCGGUUGGCGAGCCCGUGCCAAGCGCCCUCUGCCGCGCCGCAAUGGCGGACCCGCUGGUCUUCCUUUCGGUACUUGCAGGGGGGUCAUCACAACUGUGUUUCCGCACCAAGUCUGUCGAUGAUCAGAUGGUUCUUCUCAAGGCCGAGAGCCACGUUGCCCGAGUCGUCCGACAGGAGCUUUCAAAGGGCACCGCGACAAUUUCCGACGCGGUAUUGUUCGGCAUCCUGAGCAUGGCUCUUAAGCAGAAUACUUACCUGUUAUCUAUUUAUCCCGAGGAUCGUUAUGGCGGCGACUUUCGCUCGCCAGUAAAGACGCUUGGCGGCUUGGACUGGCUUGGGUUGAUUCACAUCGUACCGGAGCACACAACGAUGUGGAUGUACCUCUUGAGAGCUCGGAAUAGGUCUUUGAGCGACAGAAUACCAGGGGUUGCCGAGUAUCUGCAGUCGACAGACCUGCUGAGAGCGAGUAUACUUCUCGAGAAGCCUAAACUAGAAAUGGGCGAGUCUUUUCUUUCGCUAUUAGAGACAGAAGCGGCCGCCAUUCGACCAGACGCCAGCGAAGCCAGGGUUUUCAAGGUGAACGAGAACUUCCGAGAGAUUCUGCUCGAUCUCAAAUUGUGUUGCCGUUUAAUCCAUACCUUCCAUGGACGGAUUGCACUCGACUCGGAAACCAGCAAGUUCAUUUCAUACCGCAAUCUCAUAAUGUACCGCCUCCUCUCACUGCCACUUGGACAGGCAGAGAUAUGCCGGCUGACAACCUUGAUAUUCUCUUACGGCGUUAUAUAUCCCCUCCCCGAUCCUCGAGUUAUCAGGAAGCUGGCAUCACAACUCAAUGAAGCAAUUCUGAGCCGCUCUUUGACAGAAAGUGAAGACGACAAGUUUCUUUUAUGGGCUGCAGUGAUUGGUGGCAUCGCGGCUGCGGGCACCAGUAUAUACGGCAGCUUCGUCUUGGAAGUUAGAAGAUAUGCUCGGUCACUGGAGCUGCGGGAGUGGGAUAGCGUCUUGGAUAUCCUGAAAGAAUACAUAUGGCUCGGAAAAGCAUGUGAUGCGGGUGGAAAGGCUCUCUGGAUGGCGGCCAACCCUGAAGCUGUUGAAUAA